CUGUGGGCGAUCUCCACUCGCCCGGGUUUAGCACUCACGGGAGAGGAUCCAGGACAGGACCAGGCGAAAGCGUGUCAGAGAGCGGGGCCGAGCAAAGCUGCUAACGGCGACUUCACACUGAGUGGGGAAGGCAGCAAGUUUCCAGCCAUGACUAACACUGUAUUUGGGAACAAUACAACCCGCUGGGUCUGCCCCAAUGACCGACAGCUCACUCUCAGAGCAAAGCUGGGAGCCGGCUGGUCGGUACACACAAACAAAACUGAGCAGCAGCGGAAGAACGAGGAGCUGACCGAGGAGGAGAAGGAAAUUAUCAACCGAGUGAUCGCCCGGGCAGAGAAGAUGGAGGAGAUGGAGCAAGAGCGAAUCGGGCGACUCAUGGAUCGCCUGGACAACAUGCGGAAGAAUGUUCUGGGGGACGGCCUUUCCCGCUGCAUCCUAUGCGGGGAACAGCUUGGGCUGCUGGGGUCUCACUCUGUGGUGUGUGAGGACUGUAAAAAGAAUGUUUGCACCAAGUGUGGAAUUGAAACACCAAGCCGGCCCCGGCCUGUGUGGCUGUGUAAGAUCUGCAGUGAGCAACGAGAGGUGUGGAAACGUUCAGGUGCUUGGUUCUUUAAGGGUUUACCAAAACAGAUCCUGCCAGAACCAAUCCCUAUUAUUAAGCAGAGUCUACAGAUGGUCAAAGGAGAACAUCCUUCACAGGAGCCUCCCGGUCCUCAGCAGAAACCUUCUCCCCGUUGGACUCAGAGCAGAGGUCAAGCGGAAGGUGGCGUCCCAGCUGACCGUGGCACCGAGUGUGAGCUUGCAGGCGGAGGUCCUCCCAGCUACACUUCAUCGAGGCAUCGGCCAGCAGAACCUGGGACGGUGGAAGCUAGUGCGAGUGGGGAAGGUGACAGUCAGGACGGGUACAGUGGUGGUGUGGAAGGCGACACCGGACGGAGUCCAGCAGCUGGACGACGUCAUACUUCAGCUCCAGUUUCCCGAGCUCCUGCAGCCAUCCACCAAGCCGCUGUGCCACAGGCAGUCCAAGCAAGUGUCCCUGGAGCCUACCGACCAGGUCAAGGCGUGACUCCCAGAUACCCAGAGCAAAAACCAAUGGUAGGCUCUCCAGCCUUGUCGCAUUCCGUGUCUAGUCAACCUCCCCCAUCGUCGGACUCACCAAAGGAGGAGAGGGGCACCCGCCAGCACGGCCAGUUUGCUGCGCCCGGCAUGGGCUCUGCAAUGCCUCCCUCCCGCCAGCAGGAGCAGCAGCAGAUCGAGGAGGACGAGGAGGCUUAUGAUUCGGAUGAGCCCACAACACUGGGAGCGCUGGAGUUCAGUCUGAUAUAUGACCAGGUCAACAAUGCUUUGCACUGCACCAUCGUAAGAGCAAAGGGACUGAAACCCAUGGAUUCUAACGGCUUGGCUGAUCCAUAUGUGAAAGUUCACCUCCUGCCUGGAGCCAGCAAGUCAAACAAGCUGCGUACCAAAACUCUGCGCAACACCCGAAACCCAGUGUGGAAUGAACGGCUAACAUACCACGGGAUCACCGAGGAUGACAUGCAGAGGAAAACACUCAGGAUCUCUGUCCUGGAUGAAGAUAAAUUUGGUCAUAAUGAAUUCAUUGGAGAGACCAGGGUUUCUCUAAAGAAACUCAAACCUAACCAAAUAAAGAACUUCAACAUCUGUCUGGAGAGAGUCAUACCGGUAAAGCGAGGUUCUACAGUUGGAUCCACACGGGGAAUGUCACUUUACGAGGAUGAGCAAGCUGAGCACUGUGCUGAUAUUGAAGAGCGGGGCCGAAUCCUCAUCUCCCUCCUGUACAGCAGUCAGCAGGGAGGCCUGAUCGUGGGAAUUAUACGCUGCGUUCACUUGGCUGCCAUGGAUGCCAAUGGUUACUCUGACCCCUUUGUCAAAAUCUGUCUCAAGCCUGACAUGGGUAAAAAGGCCAAACAGAAAACACAGAUCAAGAAAAAGACACUGAACCCUGAAUUUAAUGAGGAAUUCUUCUACGACAUCAAGCACAGUGACUUGGCCAAGAAAACCUUGGAGUUUUCUGUGUGGGAUUACGAUAUUGGCAAAGCCAAUGAUUAUAUUGGCAGUAUUAUUCUGGGCAUUAACGCUAAAGGAGACUGCUUGAAGCAUUGGUACGAGUGCCUGAAGAACAAGGAUAAGAAGACUGAACGCUGGCAUACCCUAUACAAUGCAAAUCCCAUUCCCAGUGACUGACUACACACCCGCCACGGCCAGUGAUUUACUCUCCCAACAUUUCUCAUUUCCCUUCUCCUUCCUCUUCUCUGUUCCUCUCAUUCUGCUCAAAAUACUUUGAUGAAGGGUCACCAUCUUCCUGUUUAACCAACAUUUUGUUUACACGCUAGAUAUAUGCUGCCGUCAUCCCUUUGGAACACCAUCACACCAGAUACGUUAACCUAUCGCCCUGAGAAAAAUGAUGCAUUUUCUUUUUUGCCACCUCAUAAAAAUGGUUGCCGAAUUAUAUACUGGAAAUAUUCUGUCUCAUUAAGUUACUACAUGGAUUUGUGUCCCUAUUGAGAUCUUUCCUUAACAAAUUCUCUCUGGUAAAAACCUGUUCAACUACAUAUCGACCUGAAGGAACUAUCAGUUUCCACAAUUCUUGCCCACGGCUACAUGUUGCCAACAGAUACACAUACUAUGACAGGAGAUCCAACUGCAGCCUGGGUGAAGCAGUCCUAAGUUCCACCUUCUUGUGCUGAACUACACUAACCAGAACACAUCUUCCCAUUGAAAACAAAUCUUGGGAAAUAAUCUGUCGGGUUUCUGAACUUUUUUUCUAAAUUGCGCAUGAAGUGAAAAGUGCUUCUCACAACUUUAGAGCUCAGGGGAAAAUUGUUGGCCUGAAGGGUGACUAAUCCUCAUGAUGAGAUGGCUUCUGUUCAGAGUUUUUAAGGAAGGAAGUGGGAAGUGAUAUUACAAGUACCCUCAACAUAAUCUGCCAAAGCUCUCAGUUUGGGAACUGAUUCAUUAAACUGAAAAAUUAUGUAUGACUCUUUAUCAAAGAUGAGAGAAAAGAUUCAGGGAAUUAAAUACCAGCAGCCUAUAUUCUAGAAUCUGUAGCUAAUGACUGAGUCAUGAAUAUCUUGCAGAUUUUCAGUUGAUCAACCUAAGUGUGAAUAAUGCCUUUGAUUGAAGAUUUAUUGAAUAGAUAUCAAGAUAGUGACCAGGGGAAUGUCUCUAGAUGUUCUUUCUAUUGUCUUGUAGGUCAUCUUGGUGGUCAUCUAUGGUCAUUAGAUGAAGCCCCUUGUUGAGAUUAUUUGCUAGAGUUGAAACUCUGGAAACGGAAGGCAAUUUAUUGAGCAAGCUAAGGAAUUUUCCAACAGCAGGAUAGUCAACAGGGAGUCAAAUUGGCAGCACCUGACACUAUGUUCCUCUUGGAUCUGGGCUGAGUUGAGAACCAUUUACUGUAUUUAUAAACUACUUAAAUGAUUUAAAAAGCCUUUUAUUUAAAUUUACUGAUAUCAGAAGAUUUUAAGUAGUAUAGAUGGAAGCAUUAGAUUUCAAAGCGAUUUUAAUGAAUUAAGCAAAGGACAAAACUGUGUCAAAUGGCAGCAUUGAGGAACACUAGAGCACCCAUUUUGGAGAUUAAAAGGAUAAAGCACUUCCAAAAUAUUGAAAAACUGGAAGCAAUGGAUAUCCGUAGAAACCUGGGGUAGCACUAAGGGAGAGAUCAAUGAAACAGAUAAUGAAAAUAUCAUGGAAAAGUUAAAAAGCCAAUGGAAGGUUGGCUUUUACGUUUGGAGGUUUGGUGGCGAGUGAAGAUAUCUUUUUAUCUCCUAAGCUGCAGCUGAACAAAACCUCAGCUGGAUAGUUCUAGGAUCCGUCUUUUAGGAAGGGUAUAUAGGCUUGAUGUAGGUACUCCAUUUCUUAUCUGAGCUUCAAUAAACAACUAAACAAGCCGGGGUCAUAAUCCAUUGAAUUCAGCAGUAGUGGAAGGAAUGUGGUUAGUAAAGACUUAGAACUCUGUUCUGCAACCGAGAAUUGGUAGUUGAUCAGAAUCAAGUUUAAUAUCACCGGCACAUGUAGUGAAAUUUAUUAUCUUUGCGGCAGCAGUACAUUGCAAUACAUAAUAAUAGAGCAAAAAGAGGAAUUAGAGUAUAUAUAUAUAUAUAAAAUAGUUAAAUAAGCAAUGCAAAAAUAAGAAUGAAAAAAUAGUGAGAUAGUGUUCAUGGGUUCAAUGUACGUUCAGAAAUCGGAUGUCAAAGGGGAAAAAAUCUGUCCCCAAGUCGUUGAAUGUGUGCCUUCGGGCUCCUGUACCUCAUCCCUGAUGGUAACAAUGAGAAGAGGGCAUGUCCUGGGUGAUGGGGGUCGUUAAUGAUGUAUACCACCAUCAUUGGUUAAUCUUGGAUUUAGAGAAUGAUAAGUUAGUUGAGUGUAAAUACUCUGGCGGGUACCUGUCAGUUGGUCACAAAUAAACCGUGAUUACAUUGAAUAGUGGAACAGGUUCUGGGAUAACAUAUUACACUCCUGUUCUGAUAUGUUUGGUCUAAAAGCUAUAUAGGUCUGAAUUGGAGUCUAAGGAAGGCCCCAUCAGCUGAGAAGGGAAAGGCAAUCAAGUCAGGAGCAACGCUGUUGAGAAGGUGGUGGGGUGAUUUCAGAGAAACAUUGUUUCCCCCUCCCUUCUCCAGCCUUGUUAAGCAGUUCUCCGUCAGUCACCUGGUGAAUAAGGAGGCAUCUCUGGCUUUUGGAAAUACCUCGAACUCUCAGGAGUUGGAGCAUUGAUCUCACCUUGUGUAAAAAAAAAAUCACCAGUUUCCUGAAAUUAAUAUUUUCACUGAGGCUUAGACCUCCUUUAAUUAAACCCCAGGCUAGGUUAACAGACCAAACUCAGAGGUAAAAUAUAUUCCAUUCUGGUGCUUAAAGCUGCAAUGGGUAAUCUCCGAAUGCUCUCUUAUCUCUGUAACCCUGAUCACGAAAUCACUGGAAGCAAGGACAUGACGUAAAUGGGAGGGAGUUCUGCACUCCGGCUGCCUCUAAUCAUAAUAUUAAAGCACGACAUUAAAAUGAAGGAUAACUACCCUGAAUACACGGGCUAUGAGGCAGAGAAACAGAGUAUUCGGUCCACCGAGUCAGGCUGGUUGGGGAUGUGGAGAGGUGGGUUAGUGGGUAGAGGGGUUGAUCAGCCUUACUGCUUGGGGAAUAUAGCUAUUUUUGACUCUGGUGGUCCUGGUUUGGAUGAUAUGUAUCUAUCCGGCCAGUAUAGAUAAAGGUAUCUUUUUAUCCAUAUGAGGCAAUUCUGUGGAAUUGAUUUAUAAGUAAUGUAAGUAAUUGUUUCCAAAUGGUUAAUUGUAAAAAUUAAAAUUAGCGCAGUUGCCACAUGGAAGAAGAUUCAGGAAUGCUAAGGUGUAGCUGGAGCCCUCUCCUCCACCCCACCCCACCUCCCACUCUGAUACCCAGCGAUUGAUUCAUCAGCUUGUAAGUUAACUGUGCAAGGGGGGAGUUGAAGUCUACUGUAUGUCUCCACGCACUUGCCAAGAUCGGUGGGCCCAUAGGCAAUUGGAAUGACAAUAGUUGGAUACUGGAAAAGUGGGAAUAACUCGGAAAAGGGUAGUGGCUGCUGCUGGGGAAUAUCCAACAUCACACGGCGGGGGCGGGGAAUGUGAACUCCUCGCACCACUUGGGAGAUGGGCACCACUCGGCAGCAGGGUCAGAAAGAGCAGGGGCAUCAUCAGCGGCAAACCCCUCCCUCUGUCCCAACACUGCAGCUCUGUCAGGAUCAUUGGGGACCUUCUGGACUGGAGUUGCACAGUGGGGUGGUCGGGCACAGCCAGCUGCCCCUGCCCAUAGGCCUGGCAUUGAUCCUGGCAGAAGAGUGGGGCCUCAAGGCAUAGCUGGUUGGUGUGCAUCCACUCAGACCUGCCUCAGUGCACGGGCUUCCCGUGGACCUGUGACUCAGUGCCAAAGGAUCCACAUUCGGGUGAAACAGAGUCAAAAUCUGGUUUACUGUCACUUACAAAAGUCAUGAAUUGUGUUUUCUAGCAGCAUGGCAGUGCAGGGAUAACAAAUUACAGUUCCAGUAAUUUAAAAUGAAGGAAUAACAAGGCAGUGUUCAUGAAUUCAUAGACUAUUCAGAAAUCUGAUGACAGAGGAGAAGUGACUGUUCCUAAAACAUUGAUGGUAGGUCUUUAGGCUCCUGUGCUUCCUCCUUGACGGCAGUGAUGAGAAGAGGGCAUGACCGGGAUGGUGAGGGUCCAUAGUGAUGUACACUAGCUUUCUGAGGCACCAGGUUUUCAAGAUGGCCUUAAUGAUGGGUUGCCUUGUGCCCAUGAUGAAACUGGCUCAGUCUACAACUCUCUGAAGCCUCUUAUGAUCCUGUGCAUUGGUGCCUCCACAUCCAACGGUGACAUAACCAGUUAGAAUGCUCUCCACGGUACAUCUGUGGAAAUUUGCUCAAGUCUUUGGUGACAUACAAAAUCUCCUCAAACUCCUAAUGAAAUAUGGAUGCUAGGGUGCUUUCAUCAUUAUAUCAAUACACGAGGGUCACCGUAGAUAGGUCGUUGCUUUGGUUACUGGGCUUGGCUCCUUUGCAUCAUCCAUGGAGACAUUCCCAAUUAUUACCCUGACUAAUUCCACUAUUGUGGAAGCUAAUUUUGCCUGGCGUGAUAAUGUCAAUUCAAUAACAGUUUCUGCUAGCACAACUGAAUGCUCAGAUCCAGGCAUUUCUUUAGUAAUGGGUAGAAAGUCUUGGGACCUUCUGUUAAUUUCAAUGGGUAUGCAUGACCUGGGGGAGGGAAUUGGAAGCAGAAUCUCUAGUCAUGGUCAUGGUAAGAAGCUGAACGCUGCCACCAAUUCAGAAAAAUUAGGUCUGUUACUUGAUGGGUCAGGGAGUGGAACAGUCAGUGCACAAAGGUUGGUGAUAAAACAUAAGACCAUAGACCAUAAGACAUAGGAGCAGAAUUGGGCCAUCUGACCCAUCAAAUCUACUCUGCCAUUCAAUCAUGGCUGAUCCUUUUUCUCUGUCUCCUCCUCAACCCCAGUUCCCGGCCUUCUCUCUGUAACCUUUGAUGCCAUGUCCAAUCAAGAACCUGUCAACCUCUGCCUUAAAUACACCCAGCAACCUAUCCUCCACAGCUACGUGUGACAACAAAUUCACCACCCUUUGGCUAAAGAAAUUUCUCCGCAUCUUUGAAAGGGCGCCCCUCCAUCCUGUGCAAACAUAGCGAUGUUAAUAUAAAAGAAAGAGGCCAUUGAGUCUCUUUAGCCAUUAAAUUGGAAUAUGGCUGACUAGAAUUUUAGCUCAGUUUACCUGCCUUGAUUCUGUUAUUUUCCUGUAACUGAAAGCUACUAAUUUUGAGAAGGGAGUGGAAUAAAAAACAAACUACUGCAGGAACUCAGCAGGUAAGGCAAUAUCUGUGGAGGGAAAUAAACGGUUGUUGUUUCACAUUGAAACCAUUCAUCAGUUCAGAUGAAGGGCCUUAACACAAAACGUCAACUGCCCUCUUCCCGCCACAGAUGCUGCCUGACCUGCUGAGUUCCUCCAGAAAUCACUCCUUUGCUCAAGGUUCCAGCAUCUGCAAACUCUUGGGAAAAUUUCAGGUUAUAUGCAGGAAGAAAGCAUGGAUCAUCGUGUCCUGAAUAAAACCAGCCAGAGCAAAUGGACAAUGGAUUCCUCUUUUGGGUGGCCCUGACUAUAUUGAGUUGGGGGCAGGAGUGGCUUUUAAUUCACCUAAUGUCAAAAUCUUGCUCCAAAAAGGACCAGAAUUAGGUUUAAUAUCACUGGCAUGUAUCAUGAAAUUUGUUGUCUUUGCAGCAGCAGUAAAAUGCAAUACAUAAUAGAGAAAAACAUGAAUUACAGUUGGUGUGUGUGUAUAUAUAUUAGAAACUUAAAUUAAAUCAGUAGUGCAAAAUAGAAAUAAAAAAGUAAAGUGAUAGUGUUCAUGUUCAUGGAUUCAAUGUCCAUUCAGAAAUCAGAUGGCAGAGGGGAAGAAGCUGUUCCUGAAUCAUUGAGUGUGUGUCUUCAGGCUCCUGUACCUCCUCCCUGAUGGUAGCAGUGAGAACAAGGCAUGUCCUGGAUGAUGGGGGUCCUUAGUGAUGGAUGCCUCUUUUCUGAGGCGUCGCUCCUUGAAAGAGCAAAUACUAUUGAAAUUAUCACGUUAAAAUUUUAGAAUUUGGAUAGGGCGCUAAUUGUAAAGAUAAUCUGACGAAUGCAUAAUGAUUCUGCUUGAGCUUGAUAUUGAAGCUGGAUGUGAGAGAUAUUGAGGAUAAAAGUGAGAGUUCCUUCCAUCAUUCUUCAAGCCUUCAUCAUUUCAAUGCACGGACCACCUACCAAUUAAAUAUAACAACACAGCUCCAUGUGAAAAAAAGGCACUUGAAUAGUGCGUGGAAUAGGCUGUGGCGACAGUGGUGGAGGCAGAUACGAUAGGGUCUUUUAAGAGACUCCUGGAUAGGUGCAUGAAGCUUAGAAAAAUAAGGGGCUAUGGGUAACCCUAGGUGAUUUCUAAGGCUCGGCACGGCUUUGUGGGCCGAAGGGCCUGUAUUGUGCUGUAGAUUUUCCAUGUUUCUAUGAAACAGCCCAAUGCAUUUCAUGGGAACAAAUGUUUCAAUAAGUCGUGUAAGGAAAUAUGACAGUCAAAUAAACCAAUGUUUAAAAACAUCUUGAAUUAGGGUGCUGAGGGUUAGAAAGGUCUCGGAGGAGUAUUCCAGAGCUGUUUCUGGACUGCUGAAUGACAAGCAACAUUACUUUGUUCUUCAAAGGCUAAUUUGUGAACUUCAAUUUCAAUAUUAGAGAAGUUGUACUAGCAGUUCUGUUGCUGUAAAAUUAACACCUGUGCCUUUUUUCACAUACAAACAUAGAGACACAAAUUCCGGGUAUUAGCAGUUAAAACUGAACAAUCUGACUGCAUUGGCAGUAUAAUAAACGUACAGGUCUUUUGCACGAAACCUCCUUGCAACAUCUUACAAUAUGGUAUGUUCGCCCUGUCAUAAUGUAAGAAUUGUUGCCUGAUACGUAUAUUUUCAUUAAAAAUGGGGGUUGUAGGGAGAAGCCUUUGGAAGAAAAUUUGCAUUUUACUCAAUAUUUCCAUAAAUAUUUGUUUAUAAGAAAUACCCAUCCUCUCCAAAUAAGACAUUUAUCAAAUAAUCAUUGUCUUCCAGUUAAAAUUCUGAUUCUGCCAGUGUUAGGUCGAUAGUCAUUGGCAGCUGUAAGUCCUAUGAGGACCCCCUGUCCACUCUCUGGAGAGUUGAGCUGAAUCUGAGGAGUAACUAGGGAGAAACAAAUGGAGUUGUAUCGAUCUUGAACCACAAGGUGACUCUGAAAAUAGGAUACGAUACAGUAUUUAAUCAAAUGUGACAGGAAUUUCUCGUAGAGGAACAUAAUUAGAUUUUCUUUCUGUUGUAUUAAUUAGCCAUACAGUUUGAACAGUUCUGGUAUUCUCUCUGGUGUUUCAUGAAGCGACAAGUCUCCAUUGAGCUGAUUGCUUGAUUAAAUGCCAAUUUAGUUUUCAUCCCUGGAGCUGACAUUUCAGGUGAACGCUGUCUAGAAUAGUGCAUUUGUGGACUUUUGUCAUGGCAUUUACAAUGUUCUAUUGGGAUAACUUUACCCUACAUCUGAAUCUGUCUAUUUUUGUACAUAACACAGUCCGGUGCGCUGUAGUAGAUAAUGACUGUGCAUGUCCUUGAGUAAGUUGGCAUAAUUAACAUCACAGUAUUACAGCACAAUGCAGCAGUGGUAGUGGGAACAGCAUUUCAAUUGUGAACCCUGCUUCUAGAGCUUUACAUGUCCAGUCUUUUAAUCCCAAGUCUGAAGUUGGAUCAUUUUCUUUACAAACGGCCUUAGGCAUUGCUCAACCUUUCCAUUUCUCAGAAACUUAUCGUAAUGUUACCAGACUCAUUUAGAUUUGCAGCUGCUAACAACAGUCCUGUUAAAGAUCAGCACCGUCCCCUGGUAAUCAUUCACAGGUAAUCUGGUCAAGAUUGAUCCUGGGUCUAGGUCUGGGGACUUUCAUUCCCACUUUGUGAGGCUUCAGGGCGAACUCUGACUCGCUCAGCUUUCAAGGAAACACGCCAAGACUUGCUGAUAGCACGUUAAUACUUGUUGUGCUGCUGCCCAAUUGAACAGAGACCCACUGAGGUUCUGUGUAGAGGCCCCAAGACUUGCCAAAACUUACUAAAAGUCUAAGAUUGCAUGGAGCUCCCCGCAAGCUUGAAUAUAUGGAUUUACAGUUUAUGGUUCCCUCAUAAAAGGUGAGCAGGUCCUGGUCAUUGUUACCAAAUCUUUGCUAAUUGUCUUCCAUAUAUGUCUGUUUGGGGGUGGAGAUAAUUGGAGAAAAGGGAAUUGUUAAUUGCAAAAUGUCUUCUGGCCUUUGCUUUUUAGUGUUCUCUAAUCCACAAAACAUCUUUUCCACAUCUACACCUUUAUGUUUGAGAUAGAUCUCUAACAGACCCUGUAAUCUCUGUCUCCAUGCUUUUGUUCAUCUGUCUGUAAUCUACUUCCUGCUAUGAAUUAAGGCAGUGCAUGUUGCUCUAUAUCAGGCACUUUGACAACCACCUAAAUUUGGGGCUUUUAGAGGAAAUUGGGGGAUGAGAAAAAGUUCUUCAGUGGCAAUAGUAAUCAAAUCUAAUUUGAUGCUAAUAUUUUGGAGGUGUUAAAUCCAAAAGUGUGCUUCUGGGUAAAACAAAAUCUGCGGUCACCAGAAGAUGUUAGAAAGGGUCUGUUACACUGUAGCUCCUAGCUCUGUAUAUAAGCAGCAUGUGAUACCUUCUUAAUCAGCAUGUUCAGACUGAUUACCAUGGAAUCCGCAUGAUGAAUUGGACUGAAUUCAGAUUCGAGUAUGCAUUAAGGGAGCAAAACUUGAUUUUGUAUUGAGGUGCCUGCAAUACCGAGACUGUCUUCCAGUGCAUGCAGUUAUAAAGCUCUAUUAACCACUUUGUCCUAAUGAUGCAUAUAAAGAGA